UGGUGAAAGAAGAAGACUCUCAUAUGAAUAUGUCAUGGAUCUCUUACUGGAGAGGAUCGGGUCGCUGUUAGUAGGGUUCCAUUGACGAAUCCAUCAGACCGGCCGUGUUUCUUUUUUGCGAAUCUAAACGGAAUCUAGAAAUUAAUCAUCUGAGAGGAAGAUGUGGCAUGAAGCAAGGAGGUCGGAGAAGAAAGUCCACGACAUGAUGGACGCCGCUCGGAAGAGAGCGCAGCGCCGAGCUAUCUAUCUGGCUAAGCGGCGGGGCGACCCCCAGCAAUCUAUCCAAUCCGUCGGUACCCGUUGUCGCAUCUAUCGUGAUGAUGCCCUCUACCAAGCCACGGAGGAUCAGCAGGGACUGAUACCUUGGAAUGGCAAGCAGGACAUUCUAAUAGACAGAUUUGAUGGGCGUGCUCUUCUUGAUUUUAUCCGGAGCACCAGUUCACGGAAUAUUCAUGCUCCGCAACGAACUGAAGAGGAAGAAGAACUAGAAGAGUUUGUUAAUUUUGAGCGUUACCGGGACUUAAUUAAGCAUCGGCGCAGAGGAUGUCGUCAAUGAUGCGGACGGCUUACAACACGUUAACCUAGAGAUGGAGGCUAAGAUUGCUGCUCAAUUUGGUGCAGACAGAUCUCAAGUAACGCAGCCUUCAACAAACAAGGGAUCUUAUUCCCAAGUGGGGUUCUCUUAUGAUGGAGAUGUAAAAGACGAGGCUCAUUAUUCAGAUGUGGAGGAAGAUGGUGAUGAUGAAGAGGAAGAAGAAGACGAUUUUAAUAGUGAUGAUAGCAAUGAUGAAGCAAUGGAGUCAGUUGCUAAAGAAUUUGGAGUGAAGAGAUAUGGCUGGCUCGUCUACAUGGAUAAAAAGGCAAAAGAGGAGGAAAGGAGACAAAAAGAAGUUAUAAAGGGGGAUCCUGCCAUUAGGAAAUUGAGUCGAAAAGAGAGAAGAAAAGCUUCACAGCUCGAAAGAGAAAAGGAAAGAGAAGCUGCUCGUUUUACUGGCGUUAGACAUUCCCAUCAUGAUCCAUAUCGUGAGUCGAGACGAAGUCCAACAUACGAAGCUUAUUCACGCUCUAAAAGUUCCAGGUCCAAGUCUCGGUCAAGGUCUCCCUCACACUCCCGGCGUUAUAGUCGUGGAACUCAUUAUGAUGACGUGGAGCUGGGAAGAGUUCCAAAGAUAGAGUACAUAACUGAGUUUGGGGGUUCAGAUAAUGAAAAAGAGCCUAAAUUUGAAGGAUAUUCUCCACCUCGGAGUCCUCGAUCUCAAGCUGAUGAUUCACUAAACCGGUCGGAGCACUUGACCUUUUAAUUCUUGCAAAAGCUUCAUUGGACAGUCUUUACUCUGCUGCAGAAUAUCAUCCUAUGUGUUUCCUGAUGACCCAAUCUUUAAAUGUUGUUUAGUUAGGAUAUCAUGACUUCCAGGGAUAAUAGAAGGAAACCAUUGUUCUGAAGCUUGGUUUUGAAUGAAAUCGACGAAAUUAUGAGUGCAUUUGACUUGCCACAUUGAGAUCAGAUUUAUCUAAUGCUCGUGUUUUUUGCAGGCCAUCAUCUGGUCUCAUUCUUGAAGCUCUUCAUGUAGAUCCUGCAUCAGGGGUUUCAGUUGAUAAGGAAAAGAAUGUCAAAUUACACAAAACACCAAUAAGCUCAACAUCUGCAGUAGCAAAAUUAAGCAAGACCCCAACUAGCUCAAUCCUCUCUAAACAACAGGGAGAAAAGAAGGAAACUCCUCAGGAACGGCUCAAGCGAAUCAUGAGCAAACAGCUGAACAAACAAAUCAAGAAAGAUACAGCUAUUGAAACAGCAAAGAAGCGAGAACAAGAAAGACUGAGGCUUGAAAAACUUGCAGAAACAAAUAGAUUAAGUCGACAUCGUCAUCGAAGCCGCAGUAGAAGUUACAGUCGGUCCCCUCCAAGGUAGUAAAUGAAAAUAAGUUAUAACAGCUUAACGUUGAAGGUUGCGUUCGGGGACUUCCUUAAAAAAGAAGAAGAUACCGCCGCAGCCGUAGCCGUAGCCGCAGCAGAGGUCGGAGUUCACAAAAGUCCCGCUCAAGGUCAAACUCAAGGUCAAGGUCUCCUGGUCAUUCACACUCCUAUUCCCGAUCUCGUUCACCUCGGGUUAGGAGGAGGUCAAGAUAUUGAUAUAGUUGCUGCAAGUUGUGGCAUGUUUCAUCUGUCUUACUUUGGUGUCACGUAGGAUAAAAACAUGAUUUUUGUUGUAAUUUUUGUUAUGACAUACUGAAAUGUAUUUACCAGAUUUGCAAAGCUCUAUGUAGACUGCAAGCUUAAUUGAGUUCGUGGAUAAUGUCUGCAAUUGCUAGGUGUUGCAAAACAUGAUUUACUUUCAGGUUCUUAACUUCCAAACAAAAUAUAAAUUGAGAUUCCCCUUAAA